AUGCACUCGUUCCGCUACGUGAUCAACGCGCCCUCGCCCCCGCGAGUGGCGCCAGACAAUGCCGGGGAGCUCUUAGCAGACAUAAGCAUCAACAUCCUUUGCCUCAUGGUCCUGGGGACCGCCUUGUCCAACAUCUCGAGCACGUUGAUUGAGCUUCGCGCCAUGAACGAGGAGCGAGCCCGGCAGCGACGCGAGAUCCGACUGUACUUGUCGCGACAGAACACUCCUUUCGAGCUUAUCACUAGAAUCAUGAAGUUUGUGGACUAUAGAUUGGACAAGGUUUCCAGCAUCGGCUUUGAUGACGGGCUGAUUUCCAAGACACUGCAGCAAGAGCUAUACAUCAACCAGCGGAGCAGCUUCGUGAUACAGAUCCCUGUGCUGUCUCUAUGCCAGGCAGUUUUUCCGGAGGUUUUCGCUGAAAUCUGUGCGACGCUGCAAAGGCACGUCUUCGAGCGUCAGGAGGCUGUUUUCACGGCCAACUCCUGGGCGGCCAGAAUGGACAUAACCUCUGGGGGAAGCUUCUUGCUGAAAGUCGCGGGGCGGGGUCCGCAGACGGUGCAGGGCGUCAAGUGGUUCUCAGAGGCUUGCCUUUACAUCAAAGGCCUCCUUCACGAAGGCACCUUGCUUGCCAAGACCUUCGCGGAGACCUACUCCUUGGAGGGCGAUGGUUUGGUCCGGUGCCUGAGGAUGUCUCCUGGGUGCAGCCGCAUGUACAUUGAAUAUGCCAAAGACUUUGUGGCCUACAUGCAGCAGAGCGAGGAGCCCCUGGCACAGGAGACUCAGAUCCAGGCAGCGGAGCAUGCUUGCGUGCGCAACGGAAUCUUUCAAGAGCUGUACCCGGAUCCGCGGACACUGUUCAUCAACAUUGACAUCCGGGAACUUUUUCGGGGUGAUGACGACGAAGACGAGGAGCAAGAGGAGGCCAGUCAGGCUUUUUUUUCUUCCGUCAGUGAGCCAUCAUGA